AUGACAUUCAACUACUACAUUUUCCAGCGGACGGCGGUGGUGCAAAGCGGCCUGACGCGUUUCACGAUUGGGGAGUUGUCCCAGGUGAUGCGUCUCUUCGGCUUGUUGGUCAUUUUCUGCUUUAUCGUUCUCGCUGUCGUCAGUGGCGUCCAGUUCUCACAGUGCACGACCUGCAACCAUGAUGUGUUUGGAGAGAAUGCGUUCUGGUGCAUCGUCACGAUGAUGUGGCUGAUAGCCAUGGCUUGUCUCUCGCCCACGCCGCGCCACAUGUCGAAGCUCACCUAUACCCAGGAGACCUCAGCGGGCGCCCAGAGCGGCGGCCGGGUCUUCGGCCGCGUGGCCAUGGCGGACGACGCGACGUUUAUGGUGGACGCACAGGACUCUGCCGCAGACAAUUUCAUUAGGGCAGGCGUUCACCCAGACCUUGUCGCCCAGGGCAAAGUUGCCACUAAAACCACUGAGUGA